AGCCGAGAGAGGAAAGCAGCUUUAAUUGCACAGCAGCGAGAAAAGCCAGCGAUGGCUUCUCUCAGGCAGGAGCACCAGUACGGGCUCUCCUGUGGAAAAAACAACAAAAACAGCCCCAACAGGACGCUGUACCAUGUCAAGCUCACGGACACGGCUAUCAGAGCGCUGGAGGCGUACCAGAACCUCAAGGGGUCUUUAUCAAGUGAGCCAUCAAUAUGUUUCAAAGGGAGCCAAGGGUACAUCAAGAUCCCAGCUCCCACUUCAGAGUCUCCUUCUGCUCUCCGUGUCUUUUCCUUUUACUUGUCCAGCGACAGCAAAGACCAGCCACAGGCCAGCUUUGACUGCAUCCAUCAGUAUGUGUCGAGUGACGGCCGCGAACAGCUGGAAGGUCAGGGCAGCAUCCAGGACAAGAUCACUGUGUGUGCCACCGAUGAUUCCUACCAGAUGACCCGCGAGAGGAUGUCGCAGGUGGAGAAGGACAGUUGGAGCCGCUCUGCCAUUGAGAUCAAACCUGGAGCAACACAUCCAAGUAAAUGUGUCAAGUACCAGAAGAGGCCAGGCCCACUCCCUGCCUCAGAUAGCAGCUUCUCCAAGUACUCUGUCAAUAACCGGAGGAAUGGCAGUAUGGCGACCUCAAUGCAGAAGCCCCUGAAGGAUCGCAUCGUCCACCUGCUGGCUCUCAAACCCUACAGAAAACCAGAGCUGCUGCUGUGGCUGGAAAGAGAAAGAGCAAGCCCCAAAGAUAAGGCCGAGCUGGGUGCCAUACUGGAGGAGGUGGCCAAAUUGAACCCCAAAGACAGCAGCUACUCACUGAGAGAUGACUUCUACAGGCAUGUGCAGAGAGACUGGCCAGGCUACAACGAGGAGGAGAAGCAGCUUGUCAGCCGGCUGCUGGCCAGGAAGUUGCAGCCACAUAUUGGCAACCAGUCGCGAAAUCCUCAACCAAACCCAUCAGUACUGAGGACGUCAGAGGAUCAAAGCAUAGCAAAAAAUCUUGCAGUGAAACGCCCUGUGCCUUUUGACUCACAGGAAAGACUAGCAGCUAAGAGACAAAAACUCACAGACCAGAGGUUACAACGGCAGCCAGCUGUAAACGGACUCUUAAACAAUAAAGGAGGACACAAUGAUGCAACUCCUUCCCUUAACCCAAGUUUCCACACAAAGACUGAGUUUCAAAGGACAGAUAACCAUACUGAUAACCAAAAUGGUUUACCAGGGAGCCAUAAUUCCUUUCCUCUAAUGCACAAACUAUCUAGCACUUCUGACACGCCUGUUUCAGAGACCAGGGAGCAAGAACCCAAAGUAAGCAGCCUCCAGCCAACCCAGCGUGACUCCAACUGCGCUCAGCCACAGCUCGCCAACAGCCAGCACAGAAAGAAGAAAUCGAAAAAGCACAAGGACAAGGAGCGCGAGAAAUUUAAAGACGACCAUAGGACUGACUGGUUAAAGACGAAUAAUGAGCUCGAGAAGAAUCCAGACAAACUUGACAAUCCUGACAUAACAAAUACUGUGGUUUCUGAGGAGAAGCCAGAUUAUGUGCUAAAAUACAGCCCCAUAACAAGUUUAGAGCAACGUGAGCAGUACCAGGAGGAUUUCUGCGCCGAGUAUGAUGAGUACAAAGACCUCCAUUCCCGGAUUGCCACCAUAACUCACAUGUUCAUUCAGCUGGGCUCUAAAAUCAAGAGCCUGUCCCCUGGUACUCAAGAAUAUAAGACAAUGGAAGACCAAAUACUAGAAAAGUACAACAAGUAUCGCAAGAAGUUCCCCAGUUACCGGGAAGAAAAGAAACGCUGCGAGUAUCUCCACGAAAAACUUUCAUAUAUCAAGCAGCUCAUCAUGGACUAUGACGUCUCUAAAGCUUCCUCAUAGCAGAUUUUCAUAUAUGCAUACACAAACAGAGUGUCAAACAAAGAGUUUUUAUAUGGUGAAAAGGUUUUAUAUGAAAAAGGCAGACACUAUUGCAGACCACAAAUGAUGCCGUGAGCAUUGAUGAUAUUAAAUCUAUAGCAGAUUUCUAUUGUGGUCUUUUAGUUGUGUAGUUAUGACUUCUUAAAAGAUAUCUCAUGGAUUUAAGAAGUCAGAGGGAGAGGCAAAGAGAGAGUCUUGGCACUAAUGAGGACUGUGAACCUCACUUUGCCAAGACAGAUACAUUUCCUAAAACCUUCUGUCAGCCAGACUCGGUGUCAGACAUUUGAAUUGAAAUAUAUCAAAGGUAGAAGUGACUUUAACUUAUUCCCUUUGUUUUUGAGACUUGCUCAGUCAAACAUUGCCUCAGGCGGUUUUUCACUCUCUCUUUUUUUUUAACAUUUAAAGAUUUAAAUAAGCAGCAUAAAAGAGACACUACAGUUCAGGUUCUUAUCAAAGCACCCUAAUUUGCGAUUAAUGACAGAAGCUGUGCACUGCAAAGAAAAAGAUUUAUCAGAUUUAUCCUUCAUUUAUCCUUCAUGUCUUAUUAUGCAAAGUGGGUAAGAUUUUUUUUUUUUCCCCUCUUUUUCCACCUGCAGUGCUUCAGGCAUUUAUCUUGGAGGAAGGGAUGUUUUAGAGUUCUGCAUUACGUUUGUUCUGUACUGGAAAUAAGUGGAAUAAUUGUCACCCUGUGGCAAAACAAAAAGUCAUGUAAGAUAAUGACAUUUUGCGAUGCAGCCUGUAAGAGGUUCCUGCUGUUUAGCUGGAGUCAGCUGGUUUCUUACUUUUUAUGAAGUAUGCGAUCUUCACAUCUCACACACUAAAUUGAUUCGGGCUCAUUUUGAAAGCUGCUGAAUCCAAUUAGCAAAAAUUUGUUCUCAAUUACCAGGUUGAACAUGUUAAGAGCUUCAGGUUCACAUGAAACUUACUGCAAUAAGUCAAUAUGUGCCGUAUUUAUUAAGUAUUUAUUAAGUACACUCCCUUUCUUUUGCUAAACUGACCAAAAUGCUCAGACGUCAUUAAUAAGCAAGCAGCAAGUCUAGUUUAAAGUAUUUAAACCUACUGGAAAGAAGUGUCUUUGUCUCUUUUUACAUAGAACUACUGAUGUAUUUAUUUUGAAAUGAUUUUCCUCAUUCCUGUGUCGCUGGUCUCCACAGAUCGUGGUAGCCGGUCUUGGUAGAUCUAAGUGUUUGUAUCCAUCAAGAGGGGGAGAGGUUGUAGAUGAAAGUAUCAUAACUUACUGUGUGUUUUGUCUCUGCAGCCCCAAAGGACUCUAAAUAUUAAAAGAUUAAUAUAGCUACAGAAGGCCUCAAUAGCAGUGAAUAGACACGUCACCUAACUCUCCAGCUAUGUUUGAAACCAUUCACUUGUACACUAUAAAAAUAGAUUAAAAAAGAAUGAGGCACAUAGCAAACCUGUUACUUUAAACUUCAGUGCUGCUGUGAACAUUUUUUAUAUCACAAUGGCAAAAACUACUUUAUUUUUUUCAUGAAUUGGCACAUUGAUGUGGCAACGAUACUGGAAAGUUGUGGGGUCAGUUAUGAUCCUGGAAAUCUGUGCAAGGUUUCCAACAUCAUGGGGUUUGAUUUAUUGUAAUUUUCCACUUCUAAGUACUACAUCGUGGUGUUUCGUAGUGAGCCAUGGCUCAUAGAGACAAAGCAACAAGGUUUACUGCAGCAGAAGCCUUGAUGCAAUAAAAGCAGCUCAGUUAGAUGAAAACAGUUAAAUGAACAGAACAGUUUGCAUUCAUUUUAGUAGGCACACUUGUUCAACUCAUUUUUAAAGACCAAAUCAGCCAAUCACAUGGCAGCAACUCAAUGCAUUUAGGCAUGUAGGCAAG